AUGGAGAGCCAUGUUUUCAUCCGAGUAGUGAGGAAGGAGAGUUACGGUGAGGUGAACCUGGUGCAACACAAAUCUGACCGUAAAUAGUACGUCAUCAAGAAGCAGAACCUGAGAACAUCGCCGAAGCUAGAGCACCGGGCAGCUGAACAGGAAGUGCAGCUCCUGUCACAGCUCGAACAUCCCAACAUCGUCACCUACCGGGAAUCAUGGGAAGGAGAAGACUAUCAGCUUUAUAUAGUUAUGGGCUUCUGUGAGGGAGGAGACCUGUAUCACAGGCUGAAGCAGCAGAAGGGUGAGCUGCUGCCUGAAAGACAGGUGGUGGAGUGGUUUGUCCAGAUCGCCAUGGCACUGCAGUAUUUACACGAGAAACACAUCUUGCACCGAGAUCUGAAAACGCAGAACAUCUUCCUGACCAAGACCAACAUAAUCAAAGUGGGUGAUCUGGGCAUUGUACGUGUUCUGGAGAAUCAGAAUGACAUGGCCAGCACCCUGAUCAGAACGCCGUACUACAUGAGUCCUGAGCUUUUCUCUAACAAGUCGUACAACUACAAGUCGGAUGUUUGGGCUCUGGGCUGUUGCGUGUACGAGAUGGCAACUCUGAAACACGCCUUCAAUGCAAAAGACAUGAACUCGCUCGUGUACCGUAUCGUAGAGGGAAAGUUGCCUCAGAUGCCAUCUAAGUACGAUCCUCAGCUAGGAGAGCUGAUCAAGCGAAUGUUGUGUAAGAGGCCAGACGACAGACCAGAUGUCAAACACAUUCUGCGGCAGCCCUAUAUCAAACAACAGAUUGCCGUCUUUUUGGAGGCCACUAAAGAGAAAACUGCCAGAUCCCAAAAGAAGGUGAACAGCAAGCCUAACAGAGACAUACCAAGAGAAGUGCCUGUUCUUCAAAAUCAGGAGCCACAGUGUGUCAACUCUGAGCAGAAAAGCAGAGGAAGCAGGUCAGAGGAAAAUCAAUCCAAACAUCACAACGGCAUAAAGGACAAUAUUCUCCCAAACCCACCCCUGUUCAUAAACUCCCCAAGUCAGGACAUUUAGGACGUCCUGAAUUCGACAGAUCAGAACGUAGCAACCAUCAGCAAUAUUGCCAUCGGCAUUCAACCUCAGGAAUACAAGGACAAGCUACGGAAAACGAAACCCCAUCGACCCGCAGCUUCAGCGGCCAAACGGACAGAGAGAGACGAGAAAAAGAAAGAGGACACGGCCGUUCCUCAGCCACACCCCACAACACAAGUGUCAGGUGUCCUUAUCGGAAAGGAAGAACGCCCGCCUGUUUUACUGAGUUCGAGUUUGACAGAACUGUUAAACCCCACGGAAAGAAUCAAACCCGUAAAAGACAGCAGAGCUCCGUUUGUGGAGGAGGACAUCAUGAAACUGCUGCAGCAGGCAGCGAUGGAGGACGUAAAAACUGAGGCAGAGCAUCCUUCAGGAGAAAGAGGGACUAUUCUGGAAUCCACCGAUAAGCUGCUUGAGCCAUUUAUUUCAGUGGCACUCAUGGAGUCUUACAACCCAGAGCAAACUGCAGCUCCUUCAGAAACCAGCAAGCAUCAUAUUCAUACUACUUUCUCUUCCGUGGAGCCGUCCACGUCCCGUCAGUGCAGACAGAAUAAGAGAGAUGUGGCCCACGAUGAGAGCAAAAUUAAAGCAGCCAAUUCCAGGCCUCUGCCUCCACUUCAUGAAAAUUCCCCAACCGUAGGUAUAAAAAGGAGGGAAGGAAGUGAAGUUGAGAUGGCUAAACACUCUACACACUCUCAAUCUGAUCACCAACAUGACCCUAUACCCCAGAAUCGGCUUCUAUCAGCCCGAGAGAGGAGGCGGCUGAGGAAGAUACGAGAAAACCAGAGCGAGUCAGCUCCUGCUGUCAGAAGGACGUCGUGCGAUGUUGCCUCGUUAAAUGCCAAGAACACGGACCAGCCUAAGAGAAAAUCAUCAUGGUGUCACUCGGAUGAGGAGUGCAGCUCAUCCACCAGUACCACAGAGCGCUCUGAGGGAGACUACAGAUAGGGCAAAAGCAAGACCAACGAGAUGCAAGACCUGGUCCAGAUGAUGACGCAGACAUUACGAAUGGACGCCAGAGACGUCCUGUGUGAGCAGGAAAGCUCGCGGUCUAACUCGGCCAUGCUGCCCGAGUUCAAACUGAACACGACGUACCGAGACACGCUGAUGCUUCAUGGGAAAAGCAGAGAGGGAGAGCGCGAUUUCUAUUUCAGUGACUUCCGAUCAGAGGACUCUUCAGGACCGGCUAAGAUUAGGACAGCCGUGGAGCACUUGCGCACAGACAUGGUUAAAGGACUCGGAGUGAAACUGCUGGACAAAAUCCUGGACAUCCUGCAGGAGGAGGACGAGGACAAGCGAGAGGUCGUGCUACGGCAGCAGAUGGGGGAAGAGAAGUACAAAGUGUACGCCGUUAUGGUGCAGCAACUAAAAUUCUUUGAGGACGUCGCGUUCAAAUGCUGAGUAAAUCCGCUGACGCGCAAACCCUGAUCAUGUCUCCACUGAUGAUUAGUGGACUUUGGCGGUUAUACUUUGAUUUCCUUUGUAAAUAUGAACUGAUACAAUGCACUGAAUGAAUCACGUCUUUAUGCAACUGAUCUCAAUGACCAGCGUUUCGUUUCUCCUGUAUGAUUGUAAAUUUCUGAUCCGGUUCUAAAUUGAAAGUCAGCAUUUUUCUAUUGUCAACACAAUCCAUAUGUUUCGAAAUAUAGGAUGAUUUAUAAUAAACACUUUGGUUUCUGUAAAAAAAAAUUAAAAAAAAAAAAAAAAACGCCACAUCGGUCUCCACUCCUGCCAGCCAAGUACAGGAAUCUAAGCUACAGUGGGCACAGGAUCACUGAAAAUGGACAGGUAAAGGUUGGAAAAAGACCAAACAAUGUUUUAUAAACUCUAGAGACUGUUGAAAAUACCAGGAGAUACUUAAACCAACCGUGUCACGGUCAAAGUCACAGAUUUGUCCCUUUUUUCUAUUCUGAUGUUUGAUGUGGAUAUUAACUGAAGCUCUUGACCUGUAUCUGCAUGAUUUUAUGCACUGCUGGCACAUGACAGGCAGAUGGGAUAAUUGCAGGAAUGAACAAGUGUACAGA